AUGUCUCUACCAGGCUUAGAGUUGACUCAGGCCGCUGAGGAUAGGCCGCAUGCCGUCGCCCCGCCGUCGCAGAUCGCAUUGAACCCCGGUGCAGAAUGGAGGUUCGAGGUUGAAUUCGGUCACACCAUCAAGGUUAAGCUCCUCAACGGGACAGCCGAGCUCUUCGGCACAGAACUCGCCGAAUCACAAACGUACACAUUCUCUGGCUCGAAAGGUGCGAUUUACACCUGGCAUGGAUGCGAACUGGAGGUCAGCGCCGGCGAAUCGGUAACUACGACCACUGUGGAUGGAUCCACCUCAGCAGCAGGCCAUGGAGCAGGUGGCUGUCAAAGCGAGUACACAUCCACUGAUACGCCCAUGAUGGAAUAUGCCAAUAUGCACUUUGCGCUGGAGUCAAUUCGCGAGGAAUCACAAGGAUCAGGGAAAGAUGGACCCCGAGUGCUAUUACUAGGCCCGAGCAAUGCAGGCAAGACGAGUUUGGCUAAGAUUCUCACUUCCUAUGCCACAAAGCUUGGUGGUCAGCCUCUGGUCGUGAAUUUGGACCCGACGGAAGGUAUGCUCAGUGUUCCUAGUACAUUGACUGCGACUACUUUCAGAACCAUGCUUGAUGUCGAGAACGGAUGGGGUAGCAGCCCCUUGUCUGGGCCGAGUCCUGUACCUGUGAAACUGCCACUCGUGUACAGCUAUCCAUUGCCCAGUCCACUCGAUGCUGAGGGGUCCGUGUACCGCCCUAUUGUAUCACGCUUGGCGCUUCAAGUCACCGAGCGCAUGGCUAAAGAUGAGGAGGUUCAAAAGACCGGCAUUAUUGUGGAUACGCCCGGUGUACUCGGCUCUGGUAACCCUGGUAGCCUGGAGCUGAUCAAUCAUAUUGUGACUGAAUUCGCUAUCACCAACAUUGUGGUAUUGGGAUCGGAACGUCUCUACCAUGACAUGGUAAAGCAAUAUGACAACAAGCCGAGCUCUAGCGCAGCAGCAGUUGCAUUUGAUGAGCGUGUCUCUGUUGUGAAGCUAUCCAAGUCUGGAGGCUGUGUCGACCGUGAUGCCGCAUUCUUGAAGAAGACACGCGAGUCUCAAAUCCGCUCAUACUUCUUUGGAAAUUCCGCUCUCUCUACUACAUCCGCUAUUACCCUCUCUCCCUCGACAGUACAACUCGACUUUGCCUCCUUGACAGUAUACAGCUAUACUGUUGUAUCCACGGAAGACGAGGACGAAGAUGAUUACGAUCCAUCUAACCUUAACAUGGGUGACUCUUUUCUUCCCGGUGGUAGCGGCGACGAUUACUCCGAACCAAAACAAGAAUCAGAUCGCGCAACACCUCUUCCAGGCAUAGUUGGCCUCUCCUCGAAUCAGACAAAUCACCCAAAUCCAUCCUCCUUCAGCAAUGUCCCCUUGAAACGGGUCCUUCCACCAGUUCCCAAUGCCCUUGAAAACACUCUUAUCGCAAUUACACAUGCCACAACUACAGCCUCCCCCGCCGAUGUCCGUGAUGCCAGUGUUAAGGGCUUCCUCUACGUCGCAAAUGUUGAUGCUGAAAAGGGGAAGAUCAUGUUGUUAUCGCCUAUUCGUGGAACAAUCCCGGCACAGGCUAUGAUCUGGGCUAAGCGUUGGCCUGACGAAGUCGUUGGACUGGUAGGCUGA